AUGGUGGUCAGGGUCAGAGGUCAGAUCGCCCUCUUUAAGCCAGAGUUUCAUCAGAACAAACCAAUCUUUCGAAGCCCUUUCCUCGGCUUGGAUCGACCGACCGACCUCCGUGGGCUAUUACGCGGCUUUUACGCACCGACCUCCGGAGGCUUUUACGCACCGCCUACCCGGGCUAUCCUAUCCUCGCCACGGACCGAAAGAUGCUGUGGAUUUGUUUGGGUUUGCGGGGAACGCAGAUGGGACGAUGUUGAGGGGGAUAUUACGCCGGAGAGACAGCCCCUCUGCUCGGGUAGACGAUCGGAGGAAUUAGCGUCCGUGCCGAGCCGAGCCAAGCUAAGAAUUUGUGUUAAAGGGGACCUAGCCUUUGGACGCCUGCAGCCUCUGAAGCUGGCCCAGAUAGAGAAGUGCAGACUGCUGUGGAACAAAUCAGCUUUUUAG